UGUGAGUUUAUUUUGGAGGUAUUCUGAUGUAUUCAGAGAUAAGAACCUCAACGACUUCUCUGAUAUCUUACUAGAUGAGUCUGGCAACCUUUUGAAUUUAGAUUAACGCUUUUAGUGAUUGCUGUGCUUUCUGGGUUGGACUGUGUCUUUCUGUGUAAAAUUACCGAUGGGAUGCAUUUUUUUUUUCUUUUUGGGGGGGUGGGGGGAUUUAAUAGCUCCUACGAGCCACUUAGCAUCUACGCGCAAUGCUAAAUGGCUACAGCUGAAGUGGGAGUAUCAGCAGCAGCAGCCUUAUUUCUGCUGCCCGCUGGAAAAGAGGCUACUGCUGCUGCUGCUGAUAUGGAGGGGUGGGGGUGCUGUCACCAUGGUAACAGAUUAAAGGCAAAGCUAUUUCGGCGUUUCUGCUGCAGUAACUUCAAAAUAUGAACCCAAGGGGAAAUAUUUUUUUUAUUUUCUAGAGUUAAAUUAUAUCAGGGAGGGGAUAUUUCUAUUUGGCUGAAAUGCCACUUUUUCCAACUUCUUUGCUCCUUUAAACAUCCCUAAUACAGCAGUGCCAACUCUUUCAGUGCGACGAGCAGAGAGCAGGGGGGAGGAGGAGGAGGAUUGACAGCAGAUGCCUUUGCAGCAGAGGACCAGAGAGGAUGUAUGUCCGUGUGUGCUGUUCCGGGACAAAAUCCGCACAUGUUUAAACGUUCACUUAUCGAAAUUUCAACCGCGAGAUUUUACGAGUUUGUGAGCGAAAGCAUAGACAAUUCAAAGCGCAGUGUCAGAGGGAAUUCUUCUCUAAAGGAGAUGGACGGGACGACCUGAAUAGACGAUUGGAUCACUUCAUUUAAAAGAUGUAUUUCGUGCUACGUGCUAUCAGUUUUUUUCUUGAUUAAAUCAACUUGGAUGUUCUAUUGAGACCAGUCACUCAAAGCCUAGCUAACGAUGGAGAGUGGAGUUUUUCUGCCCUGUCUGGAUCAGUUCAUGCUGAGCCCACUUGUCACUUGGGUGAGGACAUUCGUGCCAAAUGAUGGGGGCAUGCACUUGGAUUUUUCUGAACUGCUGGAUGGAGUCUUUCUAAACGACAUAAUGACUCAAAUAAAUCCUUCAGCUGCGUCUCAGGGUGCAAAGAAAAUGAGCAAGGAUCCAAGUCAGAGGAUCCAGAACCUGAACUUUCUCGUGCAGCAGAUCAAGACAUUUUACCUGGAUAAUCUGAGACAAUUAAUCAUGACUCCUUUGCCAAAUGUGUUGCUGCUUGGCAGGACUCCUUACUGUGAACAAAGCCUGGAUGAAAUGAAGAAACUUUUGCUAUUACUAUUGGGAUGUGCAGUCCAGUGUGAGAAGAAAGAGGAGUACAUUGAGAGAAUCCAGACACUUGACUUUGAGACAAAAGCAGCAAUAGCUGCUCAUAUUCAGGAGUUUACUCACAGUCAAGAGAAUGUGCUGGAUCUGCAGUGGUUGGAGUCAAGUGAGCUGCACCCCGAUGAGAUGGAGGCAGUAGUAAGGAACAUGACCACACACCUCCAACACCUGCUGGAUCAGAGGGAUGCCCAUCUGGAGACUAUAGCAGAGCUAAUGCAGGAGAAAGAGGGUGUGGUAAGUGUGCUCAGUAGCCCCUCCAGCCCACAGUCUGCCAGCUACUCUCCUACAAUUCAGCAGCAGCAGGUGGGGACCCAGCAACACCUUGCAGUGGAACUGGCUGACUCCAAGGCAAAGAUCAGACGACUUAGACAAGAACUAGAGGAGAAGAGUGAACAAAUGCUGGACUGCAGACAUGAGUUGGAGAACAUGGAGGCUGAGCUGAAGAGAAUCCAGCAGGAGAAUUCCCAGUUGCUUCUGGAUGCACGCACAGCCCGCACUUACCGUGAUGAACUUGAUGCCCUGAGAGAGAGAGCCAUCAAGGCGGACAAGCUGGAGAGUGAAGUGGGACGCUACAGGGAGCAACUGCACAAGAUGGAGUUCUACAAAGCCAAAGUGGAGGAGCUAAAGGAGGAUAAUAGGGUACUCCAGGAGACUAAAGAGGUUUUGGAGGAUCAGCUGGAAGGCUGGAGGGCACGCUCAGAUAAAAUCCACCAGCUGGAGAAACACAAUCUGCUGUUGAAGGCCCAGGUUCAUGACAUGGAACAGGAGAGGGAGGCAGAUCGGCGGCGCGUUGAGGAAUUGCAAACGGACAACUUGGCUUUGUGUUUGGCACAGAGGAGGAGUAUGGAGGAGUCCCAGCACCUAGGCUGGGAGUUAGAGCAACUCUCCAAGACCACAGAAAGCUCCCAGGGCCAGCAGACCCUGAGUGAGGAAGUCAGUGAGAGGGCCUGCAGUCGAUUGCUGAAACUGGAGAAAGAGAACAAACAUCUCCUGAAGACCAUAGAGGAGCUCAGAGCUUCUGUUAAUAACAUCACACAAACCAAACAUAGCUACCUGGCGAUGUGUAGUAACAACUGUACCUCAUCAACAGACGAGUCCUCAGUGUUGCAGACCUCCUGCUCAAAUGCUAAAAAUCACUCUAAUGGAGUCUCCCUCAGUAUUGUAACAGAGUCGAUGCUAAAUGGGGAUUUAAGCUGCCAUCAGCAGCUAGACACCGAGGAGUUGGAGCGAGUCCAGAGUGUGAACCAUCUCCCAGAUAAUCCAGAGCGUAAUAUCCAGGAGAAAGGACAGCUAGAGGAUGGAGACAGUGGAGACCAUUUCAAAGAAAGGAUGUCCGAUUUGGAAGUCUUAGAAAACAAUCACAAUAGGCGUCAUUGUUUUGUGAGGUCACAUGAUCACUCGCCUGGCUCAAAGAACAGCAGUCCCCGCCAUGAAAGCAUCUUCACAGGUCUGCCAACACGCUCCUCCUAUGCCAGCAAGCACACACAGCGGCUAGAGGCCAAGUGCAGGGCUCUGGACACAGUAAAUCAGCAUCUACAAACUUCACUUGACAACACUGACCGAAAGGUUCAGCGUCUAGAGGCAGAGGUUGAGGAGCUGGAAGCAGAGAAUCAGAGCCUGCAGGCCUCUUUAGAGGAACUUCGCAUCUCUGCAAGACGCCUGGAGCAGUUAGAAACAGAGAAGCAGACCCUGGAGCGUGAAACAACUGCCCUGGAGAGAGACAAGAGGCAGCUAGAGAAAGAGAAUCGACGACUCCGGCAACAGGCUGAAAUCCAAGAAGCCAAAUUAGACAGCAGUAAUGUCUGUAUGGCUAGCUUGGAAAGGGAGAUGCGUUUUCUUGUAAAGGAAGUGGAGGGAUUAAGGGAAACUGCUGAGAGGGUCAAAGGCCUGGAGAGAGACAACAGAGAACUGACCAAGCAGGCUGCUAUCGACCAGAGAACCCUGGCAACCCUCAGAGAAGAGCUAGUUAGUGAGAAGCUGAGAACCCAGCAAAGAGACAAUGAACUAGAGAGGCUUUCCCAUGAGCUGGAAAUGAAGGUCCUGAACCAGGAGAGUGCACAUCAGGCUGAACUAGAGAGACCAGAUAACAGCAGGUUCAAAAUGCUUGAGUCUGAGCUGGAGACAUCUCUGAAAAGGUCUCUGCAGAUAAAAGACGACAAGUUGGCUUCUUUGGAGGCCCGUCUGCAGGAAUCCUCCUCUCUGAAUCAGCAGCUGCGCCAGGAACUAAAGAGUGUGAAGCUGAGCUAUGAAGCCCUGCAACAGAGGCAGGAGGAGGAGAGGACAACAUCAAGUUCUACACCUCCAAGAGAAACUGGCAAAGCCAUGAGUGAAUGGCUACGUGAAAGUCAGGAAGCUACCAAAGAACUGCUGAAGCUAAAAGAUCGCCUCAUUGAAGUCGAGAGAAAUAAUGCGACACUGGAGGCAGAACGCCAGGCUUUACAAGCCCAGCUAAAACAGCUGGAAAGUCAGUCUGACAGCCAGCAGGCUCAGGUCCUUGCCCUGCAGCGGCAGGCUGCCUCACUGCAGGAGAACAACACAGCAUUGCAGACACACAAUGCAACCCUGCAGGUGGAAAAGUCAACACUGAAUUCACAGAGCGCCUCCCUUAUGGCCCAAAACACUCAGCUGCAGCAGCAGCAGUCUAAGGCAGAAAGUGAACGGGACAGUGCUAUACAUGAACGUGAAGAGCUGCGUGGUGCUCAAGAGCAGCUGUUACGAGAUCAUGAGCGCCUGGCAGUUCUGCAUGAGCGACAAGCCAUGGAGUAUGAGGCCCUGAUGGGCAAGCACGGCUGUCUGAAAAAUGCCCACCGCACACUGGAACUGGAGCAUCGCACUCUUCAAGACAGAUACAACAGCCUGCUGCAGCAACGUAGCAAAUUAGAAGACCUGGAAAAAGCCCUCAAGGAGGAGCAGAUGAGGAUGGCUUUGGAGAAAGAACAGCACAGGACAACCGCUGCUGAGUGCUGCAGGCUCCGUGAUGAGAAAGACUGGCUGAACCAGACAUACCGCCAGCUUCUUAACGAUAACGAGGCGCUGACAUCAGAUCACAAGCAGCUCAAGAGCCAGCUGAAUGAGGCCAAGCUGGAGCACACGUGGCUAGAGGCAGACUUUUCGAAGCUCAAAAAGGACUAUCAGCAGCUCGACAUCACGUGCACAAAACUCACAAAUCAGUGUGAGCUGCUGAGCCAGUUGAAGGGCAACCUCGAGGAAGAGAACCGCCACCUGCUCGCCCAGAUUGAGACCCUGAUGCUACAGAACCGGACUUUGCUGGAGCAGACUAUGGAGAGCAAAGAUCUCUUUCAUGUUGAAGAACGCCAGUAUAUUGACAAGCUUAAUCAUUUGAGGAGGCAGAAAGAGAAGCUGGAGGAAAAGAUAAUGGACCAGUAUAAGUUUUAUGAGCCCUCGCCUCCUCGCAGACGUGGGAACUGGAUCACUUUGAAGCUGAAGAAGCUGAUGAAAUCCAAUAGCCGCGAGCAUGGGCCUGAACGCCCACCCACACCCACACACUCAGGCGUUCCUGAGCCUCAGCUCUCCUGUCACGACAACAGUUCUUUCAUCAGCUCAGAUGGCUCUGGAGGCUCAGCCUCCACAUCAGCAUGUGAUGUCAUCUCACCCCAACGUAACAGCAAGGUAAACUGCUUGCCUGACAGCUCAGUACAGCUGGAAGAGUCAGAAGCUGAUGUGGAGGAAAGCAGUAAAGACCCACUGACCUCAUCAUUUACCGACUCCAUCUUGUCCAUCCUCCCCCUUCCUCAUACCACCACUCUGCCAUCUGUCCAUCUCGACAGCACCACCACUGACAUUGUUCCAGAUGUUUCUGAGCUCUGGGUGACAGAUAACCAUUCAAAUGACAGCAAUUUGCCAUCUGGACUUGAGGACAAUGAUGAGCUGCAAAAUCACGGGCUGAAUUGCGCUGAGAGCAGAGCCCAAAGUGAGAGCAGUGUCGAGUUCAGCCUAAGCCUGGAGAAUGAGCCGUGGUCAAAUGGAAGCAGCCCUGUCCAGCACCCUCCAUCACGUCGUUCCUCCUCCUCCUCCUACCAACCACCCAGUGAUGCCUCAACCCCCCAGCACACAAAGCAGCAGCACAAAGAGAAAGCCUCUACCAUGCCCACUGCUAACAGUAAGAUUUUAGAUAUCCAAUGUGAACCAAAACAGAGAGAUCCUGUUCUGCCUCAGGACUUCUGGCUUAGAAGGGGCACAAAAAGUAUUCGAAGAGGGUCAAGGGGGAAGAUGACAAGGCGCGCAUCAGAUUCAGGAGGUACAGGCAAAAUCAAUCCAGGACUCAAUGGGAUGAAUCCUAAACUGAGCACAAGCAAAGCUGAAACUACCAAAGCCUCUGCUUGUUCACCAAUCACAGUGUUGUAUGUUCAGGGCAAGUCAUCCUCAAUGUCUGGCUGCCUCAACUGCUUCUCUUCCCCGAUGGGAAAAGAAGGGCGACUGAAAGGGCCGUGGUCUCCCAAAAGUCUCCCUCGCGCAAGCAGUGUCAUUUCAACAGCAGAGGGCUCGUCCCGACGCUCCAGUGUCAGCAGUGACUACAAGGUGAUAGUCAAGACUGACCUGCUCCCUGUCCAGGUUUCAGAGUAUUCAGAGAGCAAUAUUAAGGAAGAAGCAGCAAGCCCGAAUCAACAACCAGAGCCAGAGAUUAAGAGCAGUGAGCCUGCGCCCAUUCCUCCUGUCAAACCUCCAAGAGACCCAGCAGCUGUGCAGGAGCCACUUUUUGACUCCUCAUUCACUUUCAAAUCUGUCUUUUCCAAUACAAUCUUUGGUGAUUCUGUGGCUACCACCACAACUAGUCUAGAUGGGCUUGACACCAACCAAACCGUCCUCUGUCAAAAUUCACCUCUGGAUCAAAUCUGUUCACGAGAAGUCUCAAAAUCUGUCGAAAACACACCUCAAACAGUUCUUAAUAUGGCAGAUGAGCAAAAUUCAGAGCAUGCAGCUGGGCUGGAAGGGAAAGACGAGCAGCUCACAAUUGCAUGAAAGCAGCCGUCACUGUCACAUCACUGUACAAUUAGUCACUCAAAUAAAGCAGGUGGCUAUGAAGCAAUUAUUCAUCACAGCACACAAGGAUUUUAAGCAAUCAGUAUGUUUGCACUGUAUUACACUGGCUACCUAAGUACAUAACUCUUAUAAAAGUGUGUUCAAUAAAAAGACAUUCAGAUAUUUUUUUUUACAUUGCUUUAGUAAUCAACCUGAGCAGCAGAUCAAAAGUGUUAUAGUAUUAUUUACACAUUGGUUAUUGUUUUGCACAAAUGAUGUUUAAUUUCAUUCAGUGAUGCGUAGAUAGAUCUCCUGUUUAACCUCUAAUUAAUUAGAUUUGUGCGUGUUAUUCAGACCUUAGCCAUACUUGUAAAUAUAUUCGUGUUUGCCAAAAAUAUUCUAUUCAUUUUUGUAACUUCUAUUUAUGUUCUGUUCCUCAUACAUGAGUUAUAACUUAUUAUGCACUGCUUUUAGAGUCUCUUUUAUUUUGUAUUUGAAUCUGAGGUGGGAAGUGUUGUUCAUAUGUAAGACGUGUAUAUCUUCUACCACGUGAACGCUAUUUUCCCUUAAAUAAAGAAACCUGCGCAAAAUGUGAA